AUGCAGAUAAGAUAAGGAUAUCCCUCCACGAGGCCACCACCUAGUACUCAACUCGAAGAAUCGUUGGUAAGUUCAGAACUCAAUUAAGACCAGCACACGAAAUUGAACCGUGAACCUUGCGAAUAGGUAGAUCGUCUGAAACUUGUUUAUAUGAGUAUAAAUUCGGCUUUGGAAAAGAACGUCAGAUUCCGCGACGCAUGGACCUGACACAAAGAACAAUAACAAGGCCGGUGAUGAGACAUUACAGGACUACGCGAUCCCUACCAUCCAUUCCCUCACUCUUUGAAGAAACGAGCGUACUUCUUUACUUCCAUCAACCGUUACGACACUUCUACGCAAUAAUCGAUUAAAGGGCAGCAUGUCAGUCCGAAGAUCUCCCCGUGUGGCUCUCCAACUGCAACUCAAACUCGCUGAAAAGAAAGCUCAAGAAAGCAAAGCUGCAGCUCAAACCAGACCUAUAAAACGCCCCCGUGUGCGUAAAGCAGGACAUGCGAAAGGUCGUCAGCCUAUUCUCCGUAAAGCUCGGAACUUUCCUCCGGAUCUUCGUGACAGGAUCCUUGAACAGCUAUGGGACCCAAUCAGUAUGAAGUGUCGCGACUACGGUACCUUGCGCGCCUGCGCUCUGAUAAACAAAGACUGGCUGGCCUCCGCUCGCUCUUAUAUUUUUCGAUCAGUCAGCUUCAAGAGUUGGAGAAAUCUCAUGGAUUUUACCAAACUUGUUGUAUCGGAUAGGACGAUUACCAGCUACGUUCGCAAGGUAUAUCUCUACGGAACCUCCUCUCCCACAAAUCCAGACGCAACAGACGCAGGCAACAAGCAAGAAGCCGAUCGGUGGAUCUAUCAAUUCCCAUAUCUGAUUGGUGGAGGCCUAACCGGCCUCAAAGCCAUAGAGCUUUGCUCUUUCACUCGUCGCACUGACGUCUACCCGGAAUUCGAUCAGAUUGAAAUGGAAAGGGACGAGAAUGAGAACUUUGCUACUUGGGUCUUCUCGCUGAGGAUGCUCAAAGGCGUUGAGGUUUUGACCCUUCGGAACUGCAUGAUCAGCAGCAACGCAAUGACUGCCCUCGCUCGUGCUUUCCGACGACUUACUAGCAUCGAGCUUCACCAGGUCGACCUGAAUACUCAGGAUGAUCUGGAUGCUGUUCCGAUUCACGAAAUAGAAGAUCCUCAAAUUGCAGUAGAGACUCCUGCCAGUAAAGCUGUCUCUUACGGCAACGCUGAGCCCCCAGUGCUUUUCACUCUCUGGUACUUGAGACCCCGUUUACAAUCAAUUUACAUCAACAACAACGCCACCCAUAGUUCAUCGCUCAACAUGAAUACCUUGAGGGGCUGGCUUCGACCUCAAGAUGUGACAUCUACCUUGAAGUCUUUGGUCAUCGGUGGUAAAGUCGAAAUGGCGUCUCUUGCUACGUUCAUGAGUGCAUUGGGUACCUGUCGGACUUUGGAGUUCAUAGGAUAUCAUGUCGAUCCUGAACAUCAUGUCGAACUGGACCUCUCAGUGUUUCCAAACCUCAGAACGAUAUCCUUUGCUCCAGGAAACUUUGAAUCCGUAAGAGCUGGGGAAAUACACCGUAUCCUCUGUCGGUUUGAAGUUUCACCGCUGAAGACGAUUCACUUUGUUGGCCUCCAGACUACGGAUAACUUUCAGGCCGAUGGUGCAAAACUGAUUGACGGUCUACUUUCGGGAAAGGCCUUUGGGAAAUUGGAAGUGGUGGAGAUGGAGUGUUCUGCCCGCCGUUUGCCGCCGCUCGUUCGAAAGGCAAAAGUGAAGAGAUUUCCCCGACUGUCAAAACGCGGUAUAUUACAAGUCCGGUGUAAAGCUGUGUAGAUGUGCAUAGACUGCUCUUGCGCUGCGGGCACUAUAAAUAAUAGAUGCGGGCAAUAAACGCUCGAUGUGUGAAGUUAGUCUUUUGGAACCAUGUUCUGCAGAAUAGUGCCUUGUACUUGAGUCGAUUUGUUUCGAUAUUCACUUCCCAGACUUCUCUUUCUCAGUUUGAAUCCACAACGUUAAUGUACAUGUACAUGUUGGGAAUGUCUAGAGCCGGGAUGCUUACUUGGGGCUCGACUUGACGCCUGUCGUGUCCUGCAACUACUUUUCAUUGGUGAAGACUUGUCAGGUGUACGCGAGUGCAAACAUGAUGUUUGAAUCAAUUUAGAAGUUAUAC